AUGGAAGGCGGGAGCGAGACUAUCAAUCUGUCCGAGGGAGUCAAGAAGAAAUCUAAAGCCCAGAGAUCUAGUUCAAGGGAAACCAUGGAGGGUUUUGAGACACGGCUAGCCAAGGUGGAGCUUGCAAUAGCCGAUGGGGAGGAGAAGUUCGAGGAGAUGGGGCAAAGCAUGGACGAGUUCCGUGAGGAGAUGCAAGCCGCCAUGAACAAAGUCCUCGCCCAAUGUCUCGACAACACAAAGGCCAUGGAAGAGUCUCACAGGGAUGAGGUUUCUUCGAUCCGUGAAGAACUCGGGAGGGUCUCGCGCAAGUUGGAGAGUGCCGAAGAGGAGCUCAUCUUGUGCAAGAAGGCUCUUGCACAAGAAAGUCCGUCAACGUCCGAUGUAAGGACUACAUCCUCUAAAGUAGAUGUUCCACGACCUAAGGCUUUCAAAGGGACAAGAAAUGCGAAGGAACUAGAUAAUUUUCUAUGGAGUAUGGAGCAAUACUUCCGAGCGAACGUCGUUACCGACGAUGCACUUAAGGUUAGCAUAGCAUGUCUCUACCUCGAGGACACCGCUAUGGUAUGGUGGAGGAGGAGACAAGGGGACAUAGAGAAAGGCACUUGCACCAUAGACACUUGGGUUGAAUUCAAGGGUGAGCUCAAGAAGCAAUUUUAUCCUAGCAAUGUUGAAGAAGAGGCUAGGGGUAGGCUAAGGCGUCUUCAACACAAGGGAAGCAUUCGCGAGUAUGUAAAGGAAUUCACCGAGGUACUGCUUGAGAUCCCUGACUAUCCUGAUAAAGAAGCUUUCUUUGCCUUUAUGGAUGGAUUGCAACAGUGGGCUAAACUUGAGAUCCAGAGACGUGGUGCUCAAGACUUGACCACCGCUAUCUCCAUUGCCGAGUCCCUUAUUGAGUUCAAGAAACCCGAGAAGCCAAAGCCAAAAGACAAGGGCGGCAAGGGAAAGAGUGGGGGAGAGCAUCACCGAGGCAAGGAGACCACGAACAAGUCGAAGGGUCCCAAGGAGUACAAAGCUGGAGAAAGGCCAUCACUUAAAUGCUUCUUUUGUGAAGGUCCACAUAAAGCAAGGGAUUGCCCAAAGAAGGCUAAACUUUCCGUAUUGAUCGAGGAAAGGGAGGAACGGGAACGAGAAGAGGAGAGAGUAGGAUCCCUACAACUCCUCAAUGCAAUUAAGGCAAAGGUGGAGAUGCCCAAGUCCGGAAGGAAGGGAUGGUUGUUUGUGGAAACCGAGAUUGGAGGACACACCGUCAAAGCACUUGUGGACACGGGAGCUUCCAACAACUUCCUUAGAGUGGAAGAGGCUAAAAAGUUGGGCAUUCACUACCAAGGAGAACGUGGUUGGCUUAAGGCAGUCAAUUCAGGACCAAGGGCUACCUUUGGAGUUGCUCGCGAUGUCAAGGUAAGAUUGGGCGAUUGGAACGGUCUCGUAGACUUCUCCAUUGUCACCAUGGAUGACUAUCCAAUUGUCUUGGGUAUGGAAUUCAUGGACAAGGUUAAGGCCGUGCCAAUCCCCUUUGCCAACACGAUGUGCAUCUUGGAAGAAGGUAACCCCCGACUAGUACCUCUAGAACGGGAAACCCAACUCCGAGAGAAGCAGAUUUCGGCCAUGCAACUCUCCAAAGGCAUAAAGAAGAAGCAGCCCACAUAUCUAGUUGCUUUGGAAGAAGAAGCAGUAGCCUCACCAACUAAAAACCUCCCGAGGUGUAUUGAGCAUGUCCUAGAAGAAUUCAAGGACAUGAUGCCGCCCGAGUUGCCCAAGAGGUUGCCACCAAAGAGAGAGGUGGACCACAAGAUAGAGUUGGUGCCUGGUGCCACACCACCUGCGGCAGUGCCUUACCGUUUGGCGCCUUCGGAGCUUGAGGAACUUAGGAGGCAAUUGAAGGAGUUGGUGGACAUGGGAUAUAUCCGUCCAUCAAAAGCACCUUAUGGAGCCCCGGUAUUGUUCCAGAAGAAGCAUGAUGGGUCGCUUCGGUUAUGCAUCGACUACCAGGCGCUUAACAAGAUCACGGUGAAGAACAAGUACCCAAUCCCACUUAUUGCCGAUCUCUUUGAUCAACUUGGCCAGGCUCGUUGGUUUACCAAGUUGGAUCUAAGGUCGGGAUAUUAUCAAGUACGGAUAGUUGAGGGAGACGAACCAAAGACAACAUGUGUCACGAGGUAUGGUUCGUAUGAAUUUCUUGUGAUGCCUUUCGGACUCACAAAUGUACCAGCAACAUUUUGCACCCUCAUGAAUCGAGUCCUACAACUGUUCUUGGACAAGUUCGUAGUGGUAUACUUGGAUGACAUUGUCAUUUAUAGCAAGACGUUGGAGGAGCACGUGAAGCAUCUUAGGCAAGUCUUCCAAGUCCUCAGGGAGAACGAGUUGUAUGUCAAGAAGGAGAAAUGUGCCUUUGCUCAACAGGAAGUAACUUUCCUAGGGCACAUUGUUGGAGGGGGCAAACUACGGAUGGAUGAGUCCAAGGUGCGUGCUAUACAGGAAUGGGAGCCGCCAAGGAAGGUACCCGAACUUCGUUCUUUCCUUGGAUUGGCCAACUAUUAUCGAAAAUUCAUCAAAGGUUACUCUGCGAUAGCCGCUCCCCUCACUGAUCUUUUAAAGAAAAACCGAGUAUGGGAUUGGGAUGAUAAGUGUCAAGCCACUUUUGAGGAGCUGAAAGCAGCCGUGAUCAAGGAACCGGUGUUGGCCUUGCCUGACCACACCAAACCAUACGAGGUACAAACGGAUGCUUCGGACUUUGCCUUAGGAGGAGUCCUAAUGCAAGAAGGUCAUCCGGUGGCUUAUGAGAGUCGUAAGCUCAAUGAUGCAGAACGGCGUUACACAGUCCAAGAGAAGGAGAUGACGGCCGUGGUGCAUUGCCUGAGAACGUGGAGACAUUAUUUGCUGGGUACCAAGUUCAUUGUGAAAACCGAUAAUGUCGCCACAAGCUAUUUCCUUAAGCAGAAGAAGCUUACACCGAAGCAGGUAAGGUGGCAAGCCUUCUUAGCAGAGUUCGACUUUGUGAUGGAGUAUAAGCCAGGAAAAGGGAACGUCGUGGCCGACGCAUUGAGUAGAAAGGCCGAACUUGCCUCCAUCACUAGCCCGAGUUUCCCUUUGGUUGAUCGAGUUAAGGAGGGACUGAAGCAAGACCCACAAGCCAAAAGUUUGAUGGAAUUGGCAAGUCAAGGGAAGACACGCCGGUUUUGGCUUGAGGAUGGGGUGCUCAUAACCAAAGGAAACCGAGUGUACGUGCCGAAAUGGCAAGGCUUAAGGAAGGAGAUCAUUAAGGAGUGCCAUGACUCGAGGUGGGCUGGACAUCCCGGAGUUCGACGCACGAUGGCACUCAUUGAGCGAGCAUACUUUUGGCCCCAGAUGCGAGACGAUGUAGAGCUCUACGUGAAGACUUGUCUUGUGUGUCAGCAAGACAAGGUGGAACAACGCCCCGUUUCUGGCUUACUAGAGCCACUUCGAUUCCCGAGAGACCAUGGGAAAGUAUUUCCAUGGACUUCAUCACUUGUUUGCCGAAGACAGAAGGAUGCAGCAACAUUAUGGUGGUGGUGGACCGGUUUAGCAAGUAUGGAGUGUUCAUACCAGUCCCAACCAAAUUCACUGCAGAAGAUGCUGCGAAGUUAUUCUUCAAGUUCGUGGUAA